GUUUUCUUGGCUUGCAGUAAAAAAUAUGUCCCGACCGGUCUAGGAGCUGCAGGUGUCGUGGUCUCCAUUUGUAGUUGCAAAAGUAGUCACACCUGGUUGCAUUUGCGCCGGCGUAAAGUUGAUAUUUACACGAUGCAAGACUUCUCAACAUGUGAACUAGUUCUAGUGCACCUGCAGCUGAUGCACAUCAGCUUUAUUUCAUGAACAGACCUUAUCCUUAAUACGAGCGCGGCAAGAGCUUCUGACUGUACAAAAACGUCUUCCCCAUGCCGGAGAUGACGUUUAAAACUCCUGCGGCAGGAGCCGCGCAUCGAAGCUCCCCGGUCUUCGUGAAGAAUGGGUCGAUCGAACAAAAUCAACCGGGGAACGACAAGGAGCACGCGACGGAAUCUUCUGAGCCCGCGGCAAGAACAUCAACAAUGGAAAAAAAGGAGCAAGAAGAACCCUCUUCGACGUCCUCGACCUUUUUCGGCUCGAUCAUCAAACAGGUUGAGUUUCUCGUGGUGUCUCCCUUGAAGGAAAAGCUGGUCUCGCCGUUGAAGGAUAAGGUGCUGCAAACGGCGACUGCGGUGCGAGGACAGCGAGAUGAAGAAAAUCAUCUUCAGGGCGGUGGUCAACACGAAGCCGGUAGCACAGGUGUACAAAAUGAACCGGCGGAUCAAACAGCGAAAUGUGCUGCAUCUGGUGGUGCAACAAGGAGCCAUUCGACGACUAGUAUUGCAUCGGCCGCUUCCACUGCAACAACUCCUGGUGGUAGCUCAAGUACUACUAUGAAAUGCAAAUAUGUCUGGCGCCUGGAAGGUGGAUGCGAGGUUUGUCAUGCACAUUUUGCAUGGCUCCUGAUGUCUGUGAUGCAUGCCCUAGCAUCACAGAUUUUGUGAGGGCUUCCUGAUGCCUAUAUCGCAUGAGAAAUGCCCUCCCUCCCUGGCAAAAACUGGGCCUCUUUUGCUAUUGCUGUUCAUGCAAUACAGAUUUUUGGAGAAUUAUCCAGCCACAGCAUCACAAGUUGCAUGUGAACCAGCACACGAAGGGCACCCUGGGACGCGAAGAGCACCUAGAACAGACGAAAGCACACAGACCAGAGAAAAAGGCAGAGCGAACGGAGAAAAAAAAGGACGGGACACUGCAGAGACGUAUGUGCUCCGCGUGACAUACAACUCAAAUGUAUGCGCGCCUGGCGUCUAGCGCGCGCGCGCGCGUUCGGGGGAGGAUUUACUGAUACUAGGCAGAACGCAACCGCCAUGCGGAAAGGAUAGAGGACCCGAGACGUCGUGCGCGGGGCAACUUAGCCCGGAAAGGAUUUUUGCAAGAUUCUUGAAAAGACCGAACGUUUUGGCACGUCUGCCAUUGCUUGCAAUGAGCUUCGCGCCUGGUGACUAUUUUACUGCUUGCAGCGCGUCGCAAUGCAGAUUACCAAGCGACCGCUGAGUGUGCAUAUUCGUCGCGAGGCCCAGCACGGCCGCGGCUAGACGACACGAUCUGGCGGGACUACUAGCGGGCAACAAUAUAAAACGACGGCGCCGAGGCAUUGUAGGUUCCGUCCCGCACGGGGGCCCCAGGAAGUCCCGGGGGCCCCUUUGCGUCCGGUAGAACCAGUUUUGCAAGGGUCCGGUGGGAAAACAGCGGACCAGUAGGCGGGCAACAUAAGUAUGUGCUGCAUACGUCUAGGCAGGGUUUCUUCUAGGACAAUUAGGGGCAGGCCCCUUCGUGUCCUGACAUACAAAUAUAAUCUGGGGGUCUUAGGAAUACUGGUUCACAAUGCUUCCAGACCCAGACAUAUUUGCAAUGCAUAACUCCUGGUGCAACAACUCCUGGUGGUAGCUCAAGUACAACCACAUGAGUAUAGUUUGGCAUGAUAUGGCGGUGAUGUUGGCGACCUUUCGCCAUGAAGUCUGUCACGCAAGGCGUGCGUCAUGUGUCGGCAUAUGAAUCUGCGCGACAACCCCCAGAAAGGUCCGCGCAACUCUCCACCAUACCGCCACCUUAGAACUGUCUAGGCUCGCUGCGUUUCUAGUCAUUGCGCUGCAGCUUUUGAGCCAUCUCGCCAAGUUCUCUCCAUGAAGCAGAAAAGCUGUGGCUUCCGGGAUGAGGAAAAUUGGCAAAAAUCAAGCACCAAAGUGCCCAAAUUUUGCAGUCAGCCAAAAAACCGUUAACACUUUUCAGAAUGGGCGGUAUGAUCGCCCCAGCCUGCCAAAAGCAGGCUUUUUUGUAUGAAAAUGCCAAAAAAUGACCGUUAACACUUUUUAGACAGCACGCUAUGGUCGAUUUACCCUCCCCAGAGCCCGUGCUUCUUGGCCUGCAGGGUUUUGGAGAGGGUAAGUCGAUCAUAGCAUGCUGUCUAAAAAGUGUUAACGGUUUUUCUGGGUGACCGCGAGAUUUGGCCUCAAAUUGAUGGCAAGUCAUGGAUUUUUUCGGCGGAAUUCCCUAUGACCCAAAAAAACCGUUAACACUUUUUAGACAGCGCGCUAUGAUCGAUUCUGCCUGCCAAAAGAAGGCCCAUCCUCGGUGUCGAUGGCGGCGGCGAGGAUGGUGGCUCCUCGAGAUCAUCUCUCAACCAGGUGGCUUGCAGUAGCUGCCGCCCACGAAGCGUCCCCACACAGCUGAAAAGCAGGCUCCGCCAGCACCGAGCUGGUGCGGAAGCGCUGCGACAGGGUCCAGGAGCCCACGUGGCGCGGAAGGUUCGUCAUGGGGCGGCCCCGGUAGGCGAAGUUCCGCGCCGUCAGGCCUUGUGCACUAGCUAACUCAAACAAAGUUAGCUACUUCAGAGUCCCACAAUAGUGAAAAGAGUGAGCGGGGCCCUUUACGCAUUCACGUGAUGCCGGCAGUGAACCCACAAAAAAUUUUUAAUGCAAAAAAUGCCAAACCGUAACGUUAACACUUUUUUGUUCGAUAAUUGCAUCGGCCGCUUCCACUGCAACAACUCCUGGUGGUAGCUCAAGUACAACUAUGAAAUGCAAAUAUGUCUGGCGCCUGGAAGGUGGAUGCGAGGUUUGUCAUGCACAUUUUGCAUGACUCCUGAUGUCUGUGAUGCAUGCCCUAGCAUCACAGAUUUUGUGAGGGCUUCCUGAUGCCUAUAUCGCAUGAGAAAUGCCCUCCCUCCCUGGCAAAAACUGGGCCUCUUUUGCUAUUGCUGUUCAUGCAAUACAGAUUUUUGGAGAAUUAUCCAGCCACAGCAUCACAAGUUGCAUGUGAACCAGCACACGAAGGGCACCCUGGGACGCGAAGAGCACCUAGAACAGACGAAAGCACACAGACCAGAGAAAAAGGCAGAGCGAACGGAGAAAAAAAAGGACGGGACACUGCAGAGACGUAUGUGCUCCGCGUGACAUACAACUCAAAUGUAUGCGCGCCUGGCGUCUAGCGCGCGCGCGCGCGUUCGGGGGAGGAUUUACUGAUACUAGGCAGAACGCAACCGCCAUGCGGAAAGGAUAGAGGACCCGAGACGUCGUGCGCGGGGCAACUUAGCCCGGAAAGGAUUUUUGCAAGAUUCUUGAAAAGACCGAACGUUUUGGCACGUCUGCCAUUGCUUGCAAUGAGCUUCGCGCCUGGUGACUAUUUUACUGCUUGCAGCGCGUCGCAAUGCAGAUUACCAAGCGACCGCUGAGUGUGCAUAUUCGUCGCGAGGCCCAGCACGGCCGCGGCUAGACGACACGAUCUGGCGGGACUACUAGCGGGCAACAAUAUAAAACGACGGCGCCGAGGCAUUGUAGGUUCCGUCCCGCACGGGGGCCCCAGGAAGUCCCGGGGGCCCCUUUGCGUCCGGUAGAACCAGUUUUGCAAGGGUCCGGUGGGAAAACAGCGGACCAGUAGGCGGGCAACAUAAGUAUGUGCUGCAUACGUCUAGGCAGGGUUUCUUCUAGGACAAUUAGGGGCAGGCCCCUUCGUGUCCUGACAUACAAAUAUAAUCUGGGGGUCUUAGGAAUACUGGUUCACAUGCUUCCAGACCCAGACAUAUUUGCAAUGCAUAACUCCUGGUGCAACAACUCCUGGUGGUAGCUCAAGUACAACUAUAUCUGGAACAACGAGUAUGACUCCGCGAACGUACCCAAACGUAAUCGUACCCAAAAAAAAUUUUUUUAGUAUAAAAACCCAAACUAUUUAGUGCAGAAACUAGCUAUUUUGUUAAGGUAGUUAUUUAAGGUAUAUGUAGUUAAUGCAGCUAUAAUAAGCAUCCACCGCCGGAGAGUACGACCCAGUUGGUUCACGGCUUCGCCUCGUAUCGGGGCCGGGGGCACUGGUCAAACCGUAGCAAUUUCUCAGCGUUUCCCGUGGGCGGGGCCGUGGGUAAUCAAAAAGCCGGAGGGCAUGGAAGUGCUUCGCAGCCCCCUCUAGCGCAUACAGGCCCUUGGGCCCCCGCUGCCCCUUCUUGUGCGUACUCUGAUUUCCUGCAGGAGCACUGCCACAGGAUAAUCCCAUUGCGCAUCCGCUUAUCAUCUGGCAGCAUGCGGCCUUUCUUGGCCGGAGGGGGAUCGCCUACCCCCCUCGCGACCCCCCUGUGGCGGCGAGUGGAAAAUUGGCCAUAGCGUCGGGAUUGCGUUGAAAAUCAAAGCGACCGCGACUCCCUUUGGAAGGGGAUCGCGGCAGGGCAUCCCCGCACCCCCUGAUGUGUGCAUAGGCGGCACCCCUUUGGCCGUUAAAGGAAAAGGAUGGUCGCGCGGCUGGCUGGCCGGAGGCGUAGAUGUUUGCGCUGGGUCCUCUUCACGCGCUGGAAAAGCCACCAGCACUGGCUUCGCGCUGCACAGGUCUUCUCUCAUGGUUCGAACAAAGCCCGGGCAGGCGACGACGGUCGCCGAAAAAGGCCAGGCGAGUGAGCUGCGGCCAGACGUUGUGUCCCGAGGGGAAGCCGUAGAGCGACUGGGCCGUACUCUCCGGCGGUGGAUGCUUCAACUAGAUAGAGCUUAAAUAGCUACAUUAAUUCUCUAUCUAAAAUAAUAAGUAGCUAGUUUAUUAGUAUACCAUAGGGGUAGUUAUUCCUUUUUGAAAAAUUUUUGGGUGCGAUUACGUUUGGGUACGUUCGCGGAGUCACAACUCCUGGUGGUAGCUCAAGUACAACUAUAUCUGGAACAACGAGUAGAUCCUCGUCUUCUUCCUCCUCCGCAGGACCCUCCUCGUCGACUGCUGUAUCAAGGAGCAACAGCAAGACAAGUUGCGGCUCUUUGAGAAAAUCACCGACCAGCUUGACGGAAGACAUCUACUCGCUGUUUGCAGGCGGGGGUAGUACUAGCAAAAGCGCCGACUCGUCGUCCAAAAGCGCCAAAACCACGACGGAU